AUGGUACAAUGGGCGCCUCACAGGUCAGGAAAUCUACAAAGAGUGCCAGUUUCCAGCCUUGGGGAUGUCUUUGACCGUGGUGAUACUGACCGACCCCGUGUAUUGCUUAGCUCAGUACCGCUCGAACAGCCACCUCGGAUUCCUUUUGAACACUAUGCUCGGAUAGACAACACUGUCAAAGACAGGGGGAUACAAUGGAACCGAGCCUUCGGGCUUUUUGCUUCAUCUCAUGUCAUACCUAUACAGCAUGUCAUGCACAGCCACUUUGCCGGUCUACUACAUUUGAAUAGAGUCCAUCCACGGGAAUGUGCAUCCUACAGCAACGUUUCCGUCUGCAGCGCGUCGCAGUGUGAGCCGUUCAGCGGCUUAAACACGUCGCUUAAGACCGACAGCAGCUCAUUUCCCGAAAAACACCCAAAGCAAGCAUAUAGGCAGCAGCAGUGCGCCCCCGUGGCUAUGCAGCGGGGCAGCAGUUUGUCGAACCCUUCGGCAGGCUUGAAUGGACAGUCAUACGGAGCUGGCGACGAUCGCACUUCGUUACGUGGUUGUUUGACGUCUCAUGUUCCUGCACGGGAUGCAUCAAGAGGCGAUCCCUCCAGAUUUGCGGAAGGUAAAAAGAACUUCUCGCUCAGCGCCAGAUGCGGUUCAAACGUUGAGCUCCAGCAUGCUGACUUUCGUGACAGCAAGGCUUCUCACGCCACUGGAAAUUCGACUCAAUCGAGUGUAACCAACAGCAGCUCUAGCGGUGUAGGGCAAUGCAAGGCUGGUGCCGACAGUGCCGUGGAAAACUUUACACAGAAGGACGGGAUCGCUCCAAAGACGCCUGACAUUUUUCUCACCUGUCCCGCUGGCGAAUCACUAGUCAGCAGCAAAACUGCUUCGCACACGAAAUAUGGGUCGGAUUUACGAGCACGCUUCGAAGCAGUCAUUCGCGGAGUUUGGCGGUGGAGUUCCGAUUCUGUUUUUGAUUUCUCGUCAUUGUAUCACGAUAAGCCAUUCUCGGCAUGCGUGGCACAGGACGCAAUUAGAAAUGGAUUUACUCCCUACAUCCUGAUGCACUACGCCUCCACGACGCGUUUCGAACAAUCACUGACACCCCUCGAUAUGUCUGUAUGUGGCAGAAGAAACAUACCCUUCCAUGGUUUCUCUAAAGAUUUGGUAGAUUCCUUUUGCAGUGGAAUCGGUCACGGUAUGAUGUAUUACUCAGUAGUACCGGGCAGUGUGUUUCCUAUUCACUGUGAGCAAGGGGGUCUUGGAGCAUUUAACAUGAUUGUGGGAGCACUUGUAUCAUAUACCGAGCAGCUCCAGCAGUGA